AUGUGGUUCGAGGUUCUCCCCGGGAUCGCUGUCAUGGGCGUGUGCUUGUUCAUCCCGGGAAUGGCCACCGCGCGCAUCCACAGGUUCAGUAACGGGGGCAAGGAAAAAAGGAUUGCCCAUUAUUCCUAUCAGUGGUAUAUGCUGGAAAGAGAUAGGCGUGUCUCUGGAGUAAACCGUUACUAUGUGUCAAAGGGUUUGGAGAACAUUGAUUAA